AUGAGGAGGCCAAGAAGCGGCGCUCCGGUGGCGGCCUGGGCGGAGCAGAGCCAGGUGGCCAGGCGACAAAGAGGGUCGGGCAGCGGAGGAGGUCGAGCGGCAGGGAGGCCGGGCCGAGCGGCGACCGGGGAGCUGGGGGCUAUAGGGAGUGGAGGCCGGGGGCUGCAGGGAGCUACAGGUGGUAGUGGGUUGGUCAGGCGGCGAGAGGCCGGGCGGUGGCCGGGGAGUUGGGGGCCGCAGGCAGCGGCGGGGUCGCCGGAGGUCGACAGCGUGGGGUUGCUGGAGAACGCAAGGCCGAUGGGGGCCGGAGGGGCUGCCGGCGGGGGCCGCAGAGGCCGGACUGAUAGGUCUAACAGGCCUGUCAGUCCAGUACCCUGUGGUACCCACAAAACCUAA